CUUCACACAUAAGCAGCAGGGCAUUCAGGUCUGCCCUAGCGCACAGACCUACACACACACACACUUGUCACAUUAACACACACACUUUUCACACACUUCACACACACACCCUCCCCUCGUCAAGGCACCCUGCUCGACCUCUCACCAUUGGCCAAAUCCCGGAGCCCUCAGCAUCUCCAUCACGGCUGAAGGGACCAUUCGGGAAAGCAGGAGACAGAGGUGGACUAAAGUAUGAGGAUGCUUGUGCGGCUCGUUUUGGGACUUGUCGUCCUCAAAGCGGUGGUGGCCAGCCCCAGAAUUUCCAGACAAGCGGACUUGGACUCAUACGACAGUGCCAACUAUGAUGUGGAUCUAGACAAUUCAAAUUUGGAGAACCAAGAUAACUAUGAUGACUAUGAAGAAGAGCUGACAAUUGAUGAUCCUCAGAUAGAGAUUGGAACACUCCAACCUGACUACAACUACCCUGUAACCGAGGCCUCAGAAGAACAAGUAGAAGAAGAAGAGGAGGAGGAAGAAGAAGAGGAAGAGUUGCCCCUAACACCCCAGCUCGUUCCUCAGGGUUCAGGGGGAUCUGGGGUUCUCAUGGGCCCAAACACACAGAAAGAGGUGGAGCUGCGUCUGACGCCCAUUGACAUCCUUCAUGUGUCCGGGGAUUUUGGAGGCUCGGUAGGGUCCGGGGCCUCAGGAGCUUCUGGGGCUUCUGGGUCUGGAGGCUCAGGAGACCUUCUGGUCUCUGGUGGCUCAGGGGGUUCUGGUGAUAUUAUCUUUUUCUCCGGAGACUCUGAGGAGCUCCACAGCUCUGGGGGAUCUGGGGAAUUCUUGGCAUCAGGAGAUAUCUUGAUAUCUGGGGAUUUCUCAGGCUCUGGGGAUAUUUCUGGAGCCUCUGGAGAUCUUGGCUCUGGGAUUUCUAUUGAAUUCCCCCUGGGCUCUGGAGGGUCUGGAGACCAGUCUGGUUCUGGGUUCUCCGGAGAUCUCCUGACUUCAGGAGACUCAGGAAGCUCUGGGGUUUCUGGGGACGGUGAGUCCGGUUCCUCAGGGAUAACAUUGAUAUCUGGAGAGGAGGAGCUGCCUCUCAUUCCCGAGAUUAUCCCUAGUGAGGCAUCAGGUGCUUCAGGGGAGUUUUCGGGAGCUUCAGGAACCUCCGGGGCCUCUGGGGCCUCUGGGGAUCUUGGAGCCUCUGGAGAAUUGGGGAUCUCUGGAUCCUCUGGGGCUUCUGGUGCCUCUGGCUCUGGGGACACAGAGGUCCCUGGGGUAACUCUGGUCCCUGACAUUGACAAAGAGGAGGGGCUGCUUCCGACUACACCAGAAACCCCUCAGGAGGGUACUGGCAGUGUAGAAGGGUCAGUGAGCUCGGGUGAACCUGAGGAGCCUGAUGAGCCUGAGAUUGACAGGACAGGUAUGCCCACUUGCCUGCUGUGCACGUGCCUUGGUGGUUCGGUCUACUGUGAUGACUUGAAGCUGGAUAGUGUUCCACCUCUUCCUAAAGACACCACUCACUUCUACGCCCGCUACAACAGAAUCACCAAGAUCAACAAGUCCGACUUCGCCUCCAUGAACAAGCUAAAGAAGAUCGACUUAACCGCCAACGAGAUAACGUCCAUCGAUGAGAAAGCAUUUUUGGGUCUUCCCGAGCUGGAGGAGGUGCUGAUUCGAGAAAAUCAUAUCUCACAGCUGCCUGCUCUCCCAGAGACCAUGAGCCUGAUCGAUGCCAGCCAGAAUAACAUUGGCACCAAGGGUAUUCACAAAGAGGCGUUCAAAGAUAUGACCGGCCUGUUGUACCUGUACCUCACAGACAACAACAUUGAUUACAUCCCUGUGCCUCUACCAGACAGCCUACGAUCUCUACACUUACAGCGUAACAAUAUUCAGAUGAUGCACGAGGACACAUUCUGCAACCUGAAAGAUUUCAACUACAUCAGGAAUGCACUGGAGGACAUCCGUCUGGACGGCAACCCCAUCAACCUCAGCAGGACCCCGCAGGCCUACAUCUGCCUGCCCCGCAUACCCAUCGGGGAUCUCAUCUAACCACACAGACACAUACCUACACUCUUGCACACGGACUCACACAAAUACAACCACAUGCACACAUCUUUGUACAUAUUGACACACCAAAGCCACACAAGCAGACAUGCUAACUAUUUAUCAAUACUCAAAAUUAAAUUAAUCCAAUUUCAUACAUGCUGCUGACAUAUACUAUGGAUUAGUAAACAUCUUUAUGGAAAUGUUUGUUCCAUAAACAACAAAUGACAGAUUCUGGUGAUGAAGCUCAUACACACUGCUCUUUCUUUCUGUUGUAGAUUUGCAAAACACAACAUACUGAAUUGGUCACUCUCACAUUCCCUCAUCCAUCAAAAUGCAUGUACACACAUUCAAACACACACAUACCCCACAGAACUUUCUCAUAAGUCAAACUGUUCCGCAACUUGAUUUAUAAAAAAAACAGUAGGCGGCAUUCGGCGAAAUAAGUUUAUUAAAAACCCUCAUAUGUCAUGUAUGUGUCUGUUUAGUGUUUGUUCAUGACUGGCAAAAAAAAACAAAAAAACAGUAAUAUUGUUUAAAUAUGUUUUGUUUUGUAAAAAAUAAUAUUAAUAUUAAUGACAAAUCUAACACUUUUGGAAAUGUAUACUAGCAUAAACUUAUUGAUGCUGGAGCUUAAUGGAAGGUAAAUUGAGUAUCUAAUGCAAUAAAAGACGCAUUUAAACACAACCAUUUGUUGUAAAGUCUGUACUGUAAUAUAAAAAUAUAUAUUCUGAAAAAAAGAUUUUUUACAUGAACUGCAAUAUUUGGUAUAUUUCAUUUCAGAGUGAUGUUUAAACCGUGCACAAUAGCCAAUACCAAAGACUCUAAUGUCUAGAGUGGAUCAAAUAAAGAAUAUUGUUUGAUUUGGGAGGGGGGGGUUGUUGAUUUUGAUUGUGGAUGGGGUUAAGAAUAAUGCUAAUAGCUUGCUAUUGUGUGCUCUGUAUGGAAUAACCACAAGUGAAUAAAGUUGUU